AUCCUGAGAGCCGGGUCUGCCUCAGGAGGGCGGGGAGCCAGGAGGAAGGCAGCUACAUAAAUGCCAACUACAUCACGGGCUACGCGGGGCGGCCCCAGGAAUACAUUGCCACCCAGGGACCCAUGCUGAACACCGUGACUGACUUCUGGGAGAUGGUGUGGCAGGAGGAGGCUCCCCUCAUCAUCAUGAUAACCGAGCUCCAGGAGCGCAAAGAGAAAUGUGUCCACUACUGGCCUGAAAAGGAGGGCAUCUACGGCCCCUUCACCAUCCGCGCGCAGCGGGUGAGCGAGGGCGUGGAGUACGUGGUCCGGGAUCUCUCCAUCCAGCUUGAAGGUGAAUGCCGCCAGGUCAAACACAUCCUCUUCCCUUCCUGGCCGGACCAGCAGACACCCGAGUCAGCCAAGCCCCUGCUGCACUUGGUGUCCAAGGUGGAGGAGACUCUGCAGGCUGCAGCCAGCCUAGGGCCCAUCGUCGUGCACUGCAGCGCAGGCAUCGGCCGGACAGGCUGCUUCAUCGCCACCAGGAUCGGGUGCCAGCAGCUGAAGGACAAGGGCGAGGUGGAUAUCCUGGGAAUCGUGUGCCGUCUCCGCAUCGACAGAGGUGGAAUGAUCCAGACGAGCGAGCAGUACCAGUUCCUCCAUCACACACUAGCUCUCUACGCUUCCCAGCUGCCAGAGGCAGGAGGCCACUAGCACACCGCCGGCUCCCU